CAAUUUCUGUGUAACUAUAUACAACGUUAGAGGUCGACACAGACUGGGAUGACAAUUUAUCUCCAUCUAUCGUCGCAGUAACGAAACAGUUUCUAUGGAAAAAAAAAAUAUGGUCGCUGCUUGGGCAUUUUUCACAAAUCGAACCAGAGAGUUGUCAUUUUAUUAUUUAACAUGAGUGACGAGGUAGAUGCUCUUCUUAGCGAAGACGAAGAUCAGAAUGAGAUCAGAAAGGAACUCUCGCAGAUGAGCUUUGAGGAUCUUCAAAAGCUGCACCAAAAGUUAGGCAGUAAAGUGUAUAAAGAAACACUGUUUGGUCCUCGCAAGGUUAACAAGAAAGUGGAAUUCAAACGGGAAAAUAAAAACAGACCACGUGAAAUGUCCUCAAAGAAACCCGUUCCGCGAUUCAGAGAAGUAAUACAAGUAAAGAAACACAUUCCAAGGGAUCCUAGAUUCGAUAGUUUAUGUGGCACGUUUGACAUUAAGGAGUUUAGAAAGGCUUAUGAAUUUAUUAACGAGAUAAAACAGAAUGAUCUGAAAGAACUGAAGAAGCAAUUGAAUGAGACUGAUGAUCCCAAAAAGAUAAAGAAGAUCAAAUAUCUCAUACAACGAUUGGAGAAUCAAUUGCGCGAAGAGAAAAGAAGAAAAUUAAAGGAGGAAAAGAAAUAUGAAGAACACAAGGAGAUUGCCGAAGCCAUCAAACAGGGCCAAAAGCCAGUAUUUAAAAAGAAAUCUGAAAAACGAAUAUUGAGUCUGGUUUCUCAAUACGAGGAAUUGAAAGAAUCUGGCAAAUUGAAGAAACAUAUUAAACGACUGCGCAAAAAGAAUCGACGAAAGGAUGGCCUGAAAUUCGCUGAAUCGGAAUCUGAAUGAAAAAAACCAAGGUAUAUGUGAAAUUAAAAUUUAUACGAAUCAAACAUAGCUGGAAUAAUUACAGAUGUAUAUAACGUAUAAUAAAUGUUACUACAGUUAAAGAGUAAGCUCUCGUUUAUUCAUCUAACGAUGCCGUCCCGUAACAAAUGUUCUCCUACGCUUGCGUGCUGAAAGUAUAUACCAGUCAGGGAGGUAGGAUAAAGAGUGCUUUAUUAAUUAUGUAUUUUUUAUUUAACAUCAAAAGUAAUGACACUUGGGUUGGACAAUGUCUCUCGUUUCUUCCUUAAUGUAAUUCACGUGUGAAAACAGAACUUACAGAAUAAUCAAUAUGAAAGGAAUCGUCAAUCAGAAGAGAUAGUUUGGUAGAGCGGUGUACAUUUUCUUUUUUUUUUUUUCCAUUUAUCUCUGAGCGUGUACGUGUGUAUAUCUUUUCUCUCUAUGUUCGCACGUGUUUCUCGGCGUGUGUGGUGUGUAUGUGUGUGAAGUGUGUAUCAUAUAUGCGGCGCUAAAACGAAAAACAGAAAAAGAGUUACGAGACCCGUACGGAAAAGGCGGUCCAUUCAAGCGGGCCGCCUCCUCGUGGGUCACCGUUCAUGCGCGAUCCGUUUGUCCGUCUGCAAUUAUUUAAAAUAUGUACAAUAUUAAUAAAACAUCAUUCAUUUUUUUUUUUUUUUUUUUGUUUAUAUUUUAAUCAUUCAAUGAUUCUGUUGUGAUGUGGCGGGCUGUGCAGGGGCGACGUUUCACAGAAUUCUCGUGACACUGUUCUUCCUUUUUUUUUUUUUUUUUUUUAUUAUUAUUUGAAGCAUUUGUGUUUUUCCAUCUCCUCCCUCAGUUCGUCUCGUAUCUUCCCAGAUUUUUUUUUUUUUUUUUUGAUUUUGUUUUUGGACUCGAAUGUUUCGCUGCCAAUUGUGUUGUGUUCGAUCGCGGCAACAGAAAAGCGAAGAAUCCGUUAUAAUAUUAAAACACACGUUCUCUCGCCCACAUUCACGCGUUUCUCUUUUUCUCCCGCUCUUUUACGCCGAUUCACCCGAAAAAUCAGUUUCGCGACGACUGCGUUGUUUUCUGACGUUGAUCGAUGUUACCCGUUUGCAGAACACGAAAAGAUUUGCGACGCGUCUUCACCGAGGAUUGUCUUUACCUAGGAAUCCGCGGGGUGUUGCACAAGUGAAAAAAGAAAACGAUGGCGUCGCCGAAACGAGGGAAUACAAUUAGGGCCGCAAAUCUAUCCGUGUAGCCGGAAACGCAGCGGAAAGGAAACAAAAAGAGAAAAGAAAAACGCGG